UGUUUGUUAUCGACCUUUAUUAGGCCGAAUAGUGGUCGAUCAAGUUUUGGUUAUCAAUAAAUCAUCUCAAGGCUUGUUAUGCAAAUUCAGGUCUUGGUGGUGAUCGACUGGCCACACUCAAAGAACAGGCAAGAAACAACAGCGGUGAAGUGAUCUGUCAGAUCCGCCAUACGAUUUGCCGUACGAUAGCGAGUCUGAUCUUUGUUUAUCCUACAAAAAAAAGAAUAAUGGCGGAAACAGAGCUCGAGCACGGUGAAGAAGCUACAAUCCUCGGCAACACGCCACCUACCGGAGAUGUGCAGAUCAAUGUCAGCUAUGAUCUCGCUCUUAAGUACCUGGGCGGUUUUGGACCCUGGCAGAGAAGGGUGUUCUUCCUCAUGUGUCUGCCUAUUGGGAUCAAUGCCUUGGAGUUAUUUGCAAUCGUCUUUCUUGCCGUCGAGCCCGACUACCACUGCCGGGUCCCUGAGGCCACCUUUUCGGGGCUGAACGCGACCCCGGCCGAGCUGCUGAACGUUAGCAUCCCCUGGGAGCUGAAGGACGGGGAGUGGACACGGAGUCAGUGCAAACGUUACACCUACGAUCUUUUGGAUACAACCAUCAAUACCACCUAUCGAGACUUUGUUGAAGCACACCCGGUCGCUAACCGGACGCAGAUCGCGUGUGACCAGGGGUACGAAUACGACACUACAGAGUACAAGAGCACUGUCGUCACAGACUGGGAUCUUGUCUGUGACAACAGUUGGAAGGUUAACCUGGCCAAGUCUCUCUGGUUUGCCGGUAAAAUGGCCGGAGCGGUUAUCGGGGGACACGCAGCAGACAGAUGGGGCCGAAAACCAGUGCUACUAGUAUCCCUCGCUGUUGACUACAUCUCCGGGAUAGCGUGUGCGUUCUCUCCCAACUACGCUGUCUUCAUGGCCAUCCGGUUCAUCAUAGCGGCGAGCACCACGGUCACCACUCUGGCUCUGUUUGUAAUGUCGCAAGAGCUGGUUUCCGCCGACAAGCGAAGCAUGGUGGGAAUGGUCAUCUGGGUCCCCUUCGCCCUGGCCUACGUGCUCCUGCCAGGGAUCGCCUACUUCAUACGGCCUUGGAUGUGGCUACAGAUCACUGUCACCAUGCCGUUCCUCUUCUUUAUUUCAUUUUGGUGGCUUAUCCCCGAGUCCCCGCGAUGGCUGAUCUCCAGGAACCGCCACAAAGAGGCGGCAGCAGUCCUGCGGAAAGCCGCAGAAGUUACGAAAGUCGCCAUGCCUGAUGAAGUCCUCCACAACACCAUCCCGCUUACCAUGACAGGGGAAAAGGCCAAGAAGAAGAAGGUCUACACAUUUGUCGACCUGUUCAGACCUCCGAAUCUUCGGAAAUGGACUCUCAACAUUUUCUUCAACUGGAUUGUCAACACGUUGGUGUAUUACGGCAUUUCCCUCAACACGGCUGCCCUGAGCGGAAACUUCUACCUGAACUUCGCCAUUUCCGGUUUCAUCGAGAUUCCGGCAUAUCUCAUAUCCAUCGUCAUCCUGAAUAAGUUUGGGAGGCGCUGGCCUCUGUGUUUGAUGCUCCUGUUUGGAGGCGUUGCCUGUAUCGUGGCCUUUUUUAUUCCCAAACACCUUGGCUGGAUGACCACCACCCUGGCCAUGAUAGGCAAGUUCUGCAUCACCGCUUCCUUCGCUGUUAUCUAUGUCUUCUCGGCGGAGAUCUUCCCUACUGUUGUCAGGCAAAUUGGAAUGGGCAUGUCCUCUAUGAGUGCUCGAGUCGGCGGCAUGGUCGCGCCUUUCGUGAAUCUCCUGGGCAGCUAUUGGGCCCCGAUGCCUUACGUCAUCUUCGGGGGUGCUUCGAUCGCCGCCGGACUGCUGGCUCUGCUGCUACCGGAGACGAAGGGGAAGACACUUCCGGCUACUAUCGAAGACGGCGAGAACUUCGGGAAGGAAGACGCCAUAUAUAUAGUGGACGAGGAAUGAUUUUGAGUAAAGGUCGUUGUAGGUAGCAGAGCACAGUAUUUCGCCAAUUGGAAUUUAUAUGUUUUGGUGUGAGCUGGAUAUUGUGUAGAUAGGAAUACAGUCAAACCUGCCCAAGACGACCACCCGGGGGACCGGAAAAAAGCAGUCGAUUUGGACAGGUGGUCGCUGAGAAGAGUAUCGACUAAAAACAUGCCCGAUGCAAAGUA